CUAUGUUCUAUAUUCUUCACUUGAGCCGGAAAGCGGGAAAAUAAACGUCAACAAAAAUUGCCCGUAAAUUGAAAACAGAAAAUUUAAAAAAAAAAAAAGAAAAUUGGUUGUGAAUGUGAUACUAGAAUAAAAAUUGAAUUUGAUAAAUUAAAAGUAUAAUUAAAAACGUGAAAAUAUAAAAUAAAGUUGCACCAUGAGUCCUACUUCACAACCCUUCGAAUCAAAAGAUGACGACGAUGAUAUUUUUGCAUUGGAAAAACUACUUGCAGCUGCAGAAGCAGAUGAAAUAAAAUCGGCAUCCCAAGCAGCCAGAACUCCUGCAACAAAUCCUGCAUCGAGUCAAGCCGUCGCACCUCGUCUCAUAGAAGAUAGUUCCUUUGCUGAAGCCUUUAGCUAUGACAUCGACGCAACUGUCAUGGAUAAGGCAAAUAAGGCGUCAGCUAUACACCAUGAAGAAAUGGAUUCAUCCGACGACGAAGACGUCCAGAAUUUCCUCGAACGCAAGUACAAUGAGUAUGGAAGGGAUAUCAACAAAAAAUUAAAACAGCAAAAUGAAGCAAAGCACGAAGCGGCGGUAACGCAGGCAGUUGCCCAAGCCAUUAGACAACCAAUUUCAACGGAUGUGGCUGCUUUUCCAGAAAAACCAACCGUGCAACGAAAGUCAUAUGCGGCUAAUAAUAACAUAAAAAAGGUUGUUAAGCCCAACUCUGACACAGUGAUUCAGAACCCAAUAACUAAUUACAUGAAACCAGAACUUUCAGUCUUUACUGAUCCUGUAUUUGGACUAAGAAUGGUUAAUCCUCUUGUAUCAAGUACUGGACUAAAAGAUCGUAUGGCCGGCAGAACACCGAUACCAUUUUCAGCUCUUGCCUACCAUACUCAGCGUGGUGACUUGAACAAAGACUGGGUAAUAGCUGGGGUUGUUGUUAGCAAAAGUCCUGUAAAAACAUCAAAAACGGGUUCACAGUUCUCCAUUUGGAAACUUUCUGAUUUAAAAGGGGAUAUGAAACUGGCGUCAAUAUUUAUGUUUAGAACUGCUCAUAAAAACCUUUGGAAGACGGCUACUGGAAUGUGUAUAGCAGUUCUAAAUCCAAGUGUAUUGGACAAAAGGGCAGAGAGUGGUGAUAUUGCUUGCCUCUCUAUAGACACAGAUAAGAAAGUAAUGAUUUUGGGUCAAUCGAAAGAUUUAGGGACAUGCAAAGCUAGAAAGAAGAAUGGCGAUCUCUGUUCCCAAACUGUCAAUUUAGGCAACUGUGAUUAUUGUAUUUUCCAUAUGAAACAGGAGUAUAGCAAAAUGUCCCAACGAUCGGAGUUGCAAUCUAGUACAGCCGGUAGAGGAUUAAAUGAGUUGCGGAACAAGAUCCUUGGCAAAAGUGAAGUUUUCUAUGCUGGCCAGUCAUUCACAGCGAUCCCGGCCAAAAAAAGUGCUAAGCUGGCUGCCAAAGAUUCACAGAGACUUAUGAAUCUAUCCGAAUAUGCGGUUUCCCCUAAUAACGCCAGCAUAAAUCAUGCAUCUUCGCCAAAGCAAGUGCAAGCUGUCCCUUAUGCCGCUAGAGGAGGUCCUAUUUCAAAGAUCGCCUGCAACGUAGAGGCGAACAAAAAACAACGCCUGAAGGACAUUGAACGUUUGAAAAUUCUUCAAAUGGAAUCCGAAAAAUUUGCGUCUGUUAAUUCUUCGAAUACAUCUGUUGCUACUCCUGAGCAAAACUCCGAAGACAAAACAAAGGAGACAAGUCCCCCAGCUGCAGUGCCAGAGAAAUUUAAAAAUUGUCAAUUUAGCUUCGCGAAUAAAACUCCACAGCUGAGUCGUGAGAAUUUUUGCAUUGAAGUAACUGUUGGCGAGAAACGAGCGGACUUGGCUAAGUUAAAGGCAAUGCAGCUACUAAAGAAAAAGCCACUAGCAAAGUCAAAUCCCAAUUUUAUCAAACAUCGGGGCACUACCGAAGGUAAAAGGCGGGCCAUCGAUGAACUUAAUGAAAAGUUCGGUACGGAAUCUAAAAGACAAAAGCUAGAUGAAGAACAGCGCGAAAUCGACCGAAAAACACGAAUUCAAAAAAUCAUGGAAGCAACAUCAUCGCAUACCAAUUUGGUGGACUCUCGAGAACUUCAGGAACAAGAAAAAUACUUUAAUAAACUUGAAAAGAAGGAAGCUUUAGAAGAGAAGAUGCUAAAUACCUUCAAAAUGCCCUGCAAAGCUGUUAUUUGCGUUCAAUGCAAAUAUACUGCGUUUUCUGCUGCUGAUCGUUGCAAAGAGGAACGGCAUCAGCUGAAAGUUAUUGACACAGAGAAAAGAUUUUAUCAAUGCAAAGAUUGUGGUAAUCGAACAGCCACGGUACACAAGCUGCCCAAAACAAGUUGUAAGAACUGUAAGGGGUCGCGGUGGGAGCGAGCUGCAAUGAUUCGGGAAAGAAAGGUUGACAAUGGAAGAGAAAUGUUGUCGAUUAGAGGUGACGAGGAAAUGUUUAUGGGUACUAUUACCAGUAAGGCGAAUUUAAAUCUACUUGUGCCAGAAGAGUAGUAAAUUAUAUUCUUUUUAAUUUUUUAAGGACAAUAAAACAAUUAUGAGUAUGAUGUUA